AAUUAUCCUGAUUAUUAAUAUGUUGUAAUGUGUGGAGGAAGAAUUAUUUUUUAGAAGAAGGUAGAUGUAAUAGGGAUUAACAGCGAUCUGAGGUCACUCCACUGGGGCCACAUGCCUGAAGCUGGUUGCCAACAAAAAUCUUCCAUGUGUGGAGAUAUUGUCUGACAAAGCACAUACAUGGCAUGUUUCUCUGGAUGUCAGUUAACAAUUUUAGCAACGUUUUGAGUGAAGGGGAAAGCACUUGUUAAUUUUUCCUCAUGUCACUUAGAAACACCUGUGAUACAGCGUUCAUUUUUCCUACUUGAGGCGAUUAAUUAUAACAUCAAUGUGAAGGGGAAAUCAUUGCAAAUGACAAACAGCCUAAAAUCGUUGAGCAAUCAGCCAUUACCUAAUGAAAAAGGAUUGUGUGCUUUGGUAUAAGGAGGCAAAGAUAUUGAACCAACUGGAGCAUUUUUCUUUCUUUUUUGAGCUGCACUGUGCAAACGUUGGAAGGGGAGAUUCAUGUGCACAGAUGUAGGAAAUCAAGAAAGACAGUGAGGACAUCAAAGUUUACAGUCAGCAUACUAAAAUAGGUAUAAUGCCUUAGCUUGAACAAUGACAGCUGAAUGAAUUAACCAAAUGUGUGAUGAGUGCUGUAAAAUGUCACAUUAAAAAGUGACUAUGAUUUUUUGUUUGCUUUCACAUUGUGGCUUCAAACUUUGGUCAGCUAUUGCUAUUAUUGCUAUUAUUAUCCCCCAUUCAUUUAUGGGGGCAUAAAUGUCGUGUCGGCAGUUGUGGCCUAGAGAGUCGGACUCGUGACCAGAAGGUUGCUGGUUCGAUUCCCAGGGCCAGCGGGUAACGACUGAGGUGCCCUUGAGCAAAGCACCUUACCCCUACUUGCUCCCCGGGCGCUGCAGUGAUAGCUGCCCACUGCUCCGGGUGUACGUGUGUUCACCACUUGCUGUGCGUGUGUUCACUACUCUCUGGAUGGGUUAAAUGCAGAGGUCACAUUUCGGGUAUGGGUCACCAUAUCUGACUAAUAGGUCACUUUCACUUAUGUAUCAUGACCCUUAAGUAAAAGGUGUGUUAGGUAAAACAAUAAAAAUUUUAAACCUUUGGAGUUCUCAGACUUAUUUUAUGAAUAGCUUUGCACAAAGUACAGAAGUUCCAUGUGUAAUCCUUCAACAUCCACCUAAAGGGUAGAUCAAUCAAAUUUAAACCUAAUGAAAAUACCAUAAAUAUCCCACAGCUAUGGAUUAAAUGUGUUAUUUUAAACAUAAUAUAGAUCUACACAGCUCAUGAGUGAAAACAGCUACAUAUUAAUAUCAUACUAGCUGUGGCACAAAUAUACAGAUAAUGAUAUGGAGUCAAACAUUAAGAAACUCCGCCUCUUUUCUAAUGCCCAGCAUCUGUUGCUCUCUCAGCCACCCACCCCUACAUCUUAGCUCUUUAAAAGCAGCCUAUGCUGCAUUUUCAGGCAAUUUGGAUCCAGUUAUGAUCCUUAGAUAACUCACAUUGGCUGAUAAUCCCUUCAUAAUUUUGUUUUUAGUCAGUGUUAGAGAGAAGCAUUAAAUUAAAAAAGACUAAAAGUAAAAGAACCUACUUGGAUUCAUUGGACAAAGAUGUUUUUUCUGCAUGAUUUACUAAUUAUUUUUGUUCCAGUUCUUUGCUUAUUCAGCUCCAACUACUUUGCAUUGGGCUUAGGGAAUGGGUGCAAGGAAUUGUGUAAUGGGUCCUCAGGCAGCCUCAAAAGUCAUAUAGCUGAACGUUUAACAGGGGAGGUGAGCACAUCCAUUCUGGCAUUAGAUGAACCCUGUGGGGUUUAUACUCUGCCUUGUGCCCCGGGUCUUCGCUGUAUCCCUCCUCUUGGAGAGCAAGGCCCUCUUCAGGCGCUGCUUCAGGGACGAGGGCUUUGCAAGAACAUCAAAAGUACUAUUACAGACGUAUCUCCACCUACAGAUUACAGACCAUCGACUGCUGAUAAUACUGAAAAGGGUCCUUGUCGCAAAUUGCUAAAUACAGUGCUCCAAGGUAUUGAGCUGACAGUCAUUCAUUCAAUCCAGAACAUCUACAUUCCUAACUGUGACAGACAUGGGUUCUUCCGGAAAAAACAGUGUCGCUCAUCGCGGGGAAUGCAAAGAGGCCACUGCUGGUGUGUUGAUGAGAAGGGAGCAAAAAUUAUAUCUCGUAAAAAAGAAGAUGGUACUAUCUCUUGUACCAGUACCUGAGAUUUGUGGAAUAGCACUGGACAACUCAUGGUAAUAAGGAUCUGGAAUCUGAGUGAGAGCUGAAACAGAUUGAAGUACACCGGCAUAAUGAUAAUAGAUUAUUUACAUUUCUUGUUACAAUUAAAUUUGUGAUCCAUUCUGAUGCGUAGAUGAUUUUGUUUCACAGUCUGCCAAAACAGAAACUGUUAAAGUAUUUUCAAUUUAAAAAACAUAUUUUCUUCACGAAAAUGCUUAUAUUUAUUUUUUUCAGAAUAAUGCAAAUUCCCUGCAAACUUUGCAAGGUCAUUGUAUAUAUCUACAUCUAAUUAAAACAAUUGUACAUUAAAUCAAAAUAAAAGCUGGCAUAAACAAAGAGUUUAUUUGCAAAAACAGAUAACGGAUCAUAAUAAAGAAUCAUGUUUUUUUU